AUUAGGAGCAAAGCGAGCGUAGUGAGGGACAGCGAGCGGUGAGGACGCCGAGGGAAGAGGCUGACUGAGCAUUUAGGAGAUAUACAGCGAGUUUUAGUUUCAAGGCAUGCAGUUUAGAUACAUAGGUAGAACAACCACUCCACAAGCUCUACGGAUCUGAAAACAUUAGAGCAACUCAGGUGUUGAUUUAAACAAAACACAUUUUAGUGGAUUCAUUUAGAAAUAGAAUGGGUUCCAGAAGAUACCGUUCGGAGACGCCGGGAGAAGUGAACUACCCAUUCUGCGGUAUUGGGGUUUGUCUGAUAAUAAUCCUACAGUUGUGUGCUGCAUUCAACUUGGACGUGGAAAACCCCACUGUCUACAGCGGACCUAAUGGGAGCUACUUCGGAUAUUCCGUGGAAUUUUACUUGACCAAUUCUUCAAGUGUCAGUGUGGUGAUCGGUGCUCCCAAGGCCAAUACCAGCCAGCGCAACAUCACAGAGGGCGGGUCCGUGUACUACUGCCCAUGGAGUCUCGGCCAAUCAGAGUGCCACAACAUUGAGUUUGACAAUCAAGGGGACCGAACAGUCACACUCGACACCACAGACUACCAGGCUGAAGUCAAGUCCCACCAGUGGUUCGGCGCCACCGUCCGUUCCCACGACGACACCAUUCUGGCCUGCGCCCCUCUGUACUCCUGGAGAACCAAAGCAGACAUACCCCAGUCAGAUAUCACAGGAACCUGCUACCUCUCUGUCAAGAACUUCACUAAGUUUGUGGAAUAUGCUCCCUGUCGCACAGAAUUCAUUAACGAGGGGGGCCAGGGCUACUGUCAGGGGGGAUUCAGUGCUGAUUUCACCAAGGAUGGGAAAGUGGUGCUUGGAGGACCAGGCAGCUUCUUCUGGCAAGGUCAGGUGAUCUCAGCAGCCAAAGAAGAGAUCAUCAAAGCUUACUACCCAGGGUACUUCAUGCAGUCUGUAGAGGGACAGAUCCAGACCAGACAGGCUCAGCUCAAAUAUGACGACAGCUACCGCGGUUACUCUGUUGCGGUCGGGGAAUUCAGUGGAGAUGAGGUGGAAGAUUUUGUGGCUGGGGUCCCAAAAGGAGACAUGCUAUACGGUUUGGUGUCUGUUUUAAAUGGCACUGAUCUGAAGUCCAUGCUCGACUACACUGGUGAACAGAUGGGCUCCUAUUUUGGGUAUGCUGUGGCCACAGCUGACAUCAAUAACGACGGUAUGGCUGACCUGUUGGUGGGAGCUCCCAUGUAUAUGACCCGGGGGUCAGACAGUCGCCUGGAGGAGGUGGGCCGUAUGUACGUCUAUCUGCAACGUGGGCCCCUGGACCUGGAGCCAACCCUUAACCUGACCGGAACCCAGGUGUUCGGGAGGUUUGGUAGCACCAUCGCCGCUCUGGGAGAUCUCAACCAGGACGGAUACAACGACGUGGCCAUCAGCUGUCCAUUCGGUGGAGAUGACCAGCAGGGAUUGGUUCUCAUCUACAACGGAUUUGCUGGAGGGCUCAGGGACACGCCCUCUCAGGUCAUAGCUGGCCAAUGGGCUUCAGGCACUGUGCCCGCAAGCUUUGGAUUUGCCCUCCGAGGGGCUAAAGACCUGGACAUGAAUGGUUACCCAGAUCUUAUUGUUGGUGCUUUUGGAGUUGACAAGACAGUUCUGUACAGAUCCCGGCCCAUCGUCAACACCAGCGCCUCCCUGACCGUCUACCCCACCAUGAUCAACCCUGAGGAGAAGAGUUGUUCAGUCAACAACGGCAACACCACCAUCCCUGUCUCCUGUGUCAACCUGAGUUUCUGCCUCUCGGCCAAUGGGAAGUACCUCCCAGACAACCUAGACUUCCAGGUAGAGGUGCAGUUGGACCGUCUGAAACACAAGCAGAAGGGAGGGGUGAAGAGGGCUCUGUUUGUAGACUCCCAGCAGACAGUGCUCACGAGGAGUGUGAGGGUGCGGAACAGAGAGCGCGUGUGUCACGACACCAAGAUCUAUCUGAGGGAUGAUAAGGAGUUCAGAGAUAAGCUCUCCCCCAUCUACAUCUCCCUCAACUUCAGUCUGGAUCCUCAGGCAGCGUUCGACUCCCACGCUCAGACCAUCCUCAACUACCAGUCCACCGAGCUCAUCGAGCAGAAGGCCCAGAUUCUGCUGGACUGUGGAGAAGACAACAUUUGUGUUCCUGACUUAAAGCUGGCGGUGCACGGGGACCGGAAGGAAGUGUACCUAGGUGACGACAACUCACUGACCUUGACUUUCAACGCUCGGAACGAGGGUGAAGGAGGGGCCUACGAGGCUGAGCUGUACGUGGUGCUGCCUCCUGAAGCGGACUACAGCGGUAUAGCCCGCAAUAACGAGAGCCUGACCCAGCUAACCUGUAGCUACGAGACAGAGAACCAGACCCGCUACCUCAGCUGUGACCUGGGCAACCCUAUGAAGUCUGGCACCAGCCUGUGGGCAGGUCUGCGCUUCACUGUGCCACGACUGAAGGAUACACGCAAGACGGUUCAGUUUGAACUGCAGAUCCGCAGUAAAAAUGAGAAUAAUUCCCACAGCGAGGUGGUUCCCUACAAGUUGGAGGUGGUUGUCCAGGCCGAUGUUAUUUUACAAGGAGUCUCCCGGCCAGACAAGGUCUUCUUCCCUCCCCCCAACUGGAAGGUGUCCAAGAGCCCCCAGGUGGAGCAGGACAUCGGGCCUGCAGUCCAACACGUCUAUGAGCUGGUGAACAAAGGCCCCAGUGGUAUUAGCCAAGUGCUUCAGCUCAGUUGUCCUCUCAGUGUUAGGGACGGCUCCCUCUACCCUCUGGGAUCUACUGAGGGACCCCUCAACUGCACCACCAACCACUCCAUCAACUACAUGCAGCUCAAGCUCCAGCAGUCGUCCACAGAGCAGCCUCCCCUACUUGUGCCCGGCCAGGAUCACCACAUCGAGAGGAGAGACGUCCACAGAGACCAGCUGGCUGAGCACACUAACCUGUCCUGCUCUAAUGUAGAAUGCUGGACGCUGCAGUGUGAGGUUGGUCUUCUGGAGAAGGGGACCAGCGCCAUCCUCAAAGUGCGCUCACGCAUCUGGGCUGAGACCUUCAUCGAGAGAGCAUACAAAGGGUAUGUGCUUGAGUGCCUGGCAAGAUUCAGUGUGAUCAAGAUGCCCUAUGCCAUCUUACCCAAGGAGCUACCAAGUGGAUCUAAAAAGGUGGUGACCCCGGUGGUGUGGAACAAGCCGGACAGCCAGUACUCCGUGCCAAUGUGGAUCAUCAUCUUGGCCAUACUAGCUGGACUUCUUCUGCUGGCACUGGUGAUUUACGUCCUGUACAAACUUGGCUUCUUCAAGAGGUCGCUACCCUACGGCACGGCUAUGGAGAAGGCCCAACUCAAGCCCCAUGCUACGUCUGAGGCCUAAACACCACAGAAGGAUUAAAACAAGCUAAAAGAACCAAAGAAACCUAGAUACCCACAUGAUUGCAACAGAGAAACAUGGUUCAUUUAAAUGUCCAGAGAGGAUCAGACUGCAGUUGAAGAGUGAGGAAGAGGAGGAGAAAAGACCACUGGAACUCCACUGUACUGCACUAGAGGACGAAAACCCUAAGAACUCCAAACCAAAUGAAUGUUUUUAAUUUAAUAUGUGUUGUUUUGUUUGUUGUCGUCAGGUUGGGGUCGAUCACCAAGAUGAACUUCAGUGUCACAGUCAGACAAACAGGCCUUAGACUUACUGAUCCUAUUUGAGUUGAAGUCCAAGACUAGUGACUACAGAAGAUGAAGAAUGGGAGCCCUUGAUAAGCCCAGGAUGGAGGAAGACGCUUGGUUUCUCCCUCCACAUCUUUUAAAAUAGCUUUUACUUCUCUUGGAUCCGUGUGAAAGAUAAUAAUGGUUGUCUUUUUAACUGCCUUCGUUUUGGUGCUAAAAAGUACAAACGUUGUGCUCAGUGCUUCAAACGGGAUGGCCACAUCUUUCUUCUGGUGUUGAGGGGAGUGAAUACCUCUCUCUUCCUUUUUGUAGCAUUAAAGAAUCACAGCUGAUACUUUCCCCACCAAAGACCUGAAAACUGCAUGAUCAGGGCUUCUACCCAUAGACAGAUGAUUGUGUCUGUCUCAUGUCGCCAAACUCUACACUUUGACUUUUUAUAUAUGAACAUUUCUACCAAAGAUUUUUUACAGUCUCUUCUGUUAUUGUUUUAUGUAAGAUGUAAGUGGAGCCCAAGUGCUCCAGUAAUGUUUGUCAGGUUUAGAUAAAACAGAGGAGCCUAUCUACAUGGCUUCUGCCCCCUUCUGAGUGGUGGACAUGCAGUGCUUGGUUCAGUUGUUUUGCACACAAACUAAAUCUACUGAUGACUAACAAGAUGCCAAAAACAGACAGGAUACUGACUGACUGAUCUUCCUUUGAGUUUGACAUGAACUCUUACUGAUCACGUCGUGUUGAUCCAUGUUCGUUGUGACAAAUGAAAGCAUUGCCUCAAAGUCGUCUGGGACUUGACUGGAUCCACCACCAUGGGCCUGUGAGAUAGAUCUCACUAACAGCUUGAAACAGUGUGGUGCUUUGCCAGAACUCUGGCUGGUGACUUGUAAGCGAGGUUGUCCAGACUUUGCUUGUGCUGCAAGAGGCAGUAUGGAAAUUGGGUUGAAGCAAAGGCCAUCCAGGUAUAUCCUCAGCCUUGGUGUGUAAUGAUGUCUUGAAAGUCAAUAUAUACCUAUCGUAUGUUGCCAACAGAGAUCAGGGAAGUUGCAGUACAUUCUGAGUGGGUUGCUAGCAGGUCAGGGCUCAUUCCAUGUGAGUGUCAGGGAAAUGGCCAAAUGUCCAGUCCCUACACAUUUGACCUCGAUCUUAGUGUGCUUAGUGUGCAUCUUCACUUCGGUUGAUUGUUUUAUUUUAUUUGAUGCCCUUAUGGAUAAAGAGAACUGACUAUGAGUACCAAAUGCACUCCCAACACAAUGCUGCAGCUUCACCCAGGGACUGAAAAUAUGUGGGGUUCAUUUAUUUGUCAUGUUUUUAUGUAAAUAGUCUGUGCAUGAGGUGUGUGUGUGUGUGUGUGUGUGUGUGUGUGUGU